CCUUCCACGGCAUUGCCGACGGGGACGCCGCCCAGGGCAUCGCCGACGGGGAUGCCACCCAGGGCAUCGCCGACGGGGACGCCGUCCAGGGCCUCGCCGACUGGGACGCCGUCCAGGGCCUCGCUGACUGGGACGCCGUCCACCGCUUCGCUGACGGGGACGCCAUCAAGAGCAUCGCUGAUGGGGAUGCCACCCAGGGCAUCGCUGAAGGGGACGGCAUCGAUAACGAGGACGCCGUCCAGGGCAUUGCCAACGAGGACUCCAUCCAGGGCAUCACCACCUGGGACGCUGUCCAGGGCAUCGCCAACUGGGACGCCGUCCACGGCUUCACCGACGAUGUCGCCUUCCACGGCAUCGCCGACGGGGACACCGUCCAGGGCAUCGCCGACGGGGACGCCUUCCACGGCAUCACCGAUGGGGACGCCGCCCAGGGCAUCACAGACGGGGUCGCCGUCCAGGGCAUCGCCGACGGGGACACCGUCCAGGGCAUCGCCGACGGGGACGCCGUCCAGGGCAUCUCUCUCGAUGACGCCAUCCACGGCUUCGCUAACGAGGAUGCCACCCAGGGCAUCACCAACUGGGAUGCUGUCCAGGACAUCGCUAAUGAAGAUGGAUUCCAUGGCAUCGAUAAUGAGGAUGCCGUCCAGGGCAUCGGCAACGAGGACGCCGUCCAGGGCAUCGCCAACUGGGACGCCAUCCAGGGCAUCGCCAACUGGGACUCUAUCCAUGGCUUCGCCGACAGGGUCACCUUCCAUGGCAUCGCCGACAGGGACGCCGCCCAGGGCAUCGCCUAUGGGGAUGCCGCCCACGGCAUUGCCGACGGGGUCGCCGCCCCCGGCAUCGCCGACGGGGACGCCGCCCAGGGCAUCGCCGACGGGGACGCCGCCCAGGGCAUCGCGGAUGGGGACGCCGCCCAGGGCAUGGGCAACAAGGUUGCCGUCCACGGCAUCGCUAACGAGGACGCCGUCCACUGCAUCGCUAACGAGAAAAUCGAAUGUUAACCAGCAGUGACCUGCUUCAACACCAUCAUCGGAAGUCAGAAGUUGA